GUCAUAACUAAUGUCAUCUCCGCCAAUCAGCAUUUCGCUCCGAGUUUUUUGAUGCAGAUAUUCAAAUUCCAGAGUAACGUAGUUGCAAGCUCUCCUUCCUUUUCCUGCUCCGCCGCCGGAGCGCCCUGGAGAGCUUGCUCGCAGGCUAGAGCCACCCUGGGCAGCCAAGAAACAAAAGCUGAAGUUGGCUCGAGUAGAAGGGCGACCCGCCUAGCAGGGUCAUCUUUUUUCGAAGGUAGGAUCACCCUCCAGCCGGGUCAACGUUUGUCCAUAUAAACAUUUUAUAAACCUUUUGAAAUAUAUAUAUUUUUCAAAUACACGCUCAUUAAAGUUGCUUCGACUGGGAGGGUGACCCUCUUUUUCGGGAAAACUUUUCUGCAAAUAAAGGAGACCUGUGUUGGUUACUGCAUUGUCACAAGUUCAUGGAUUCAAAUCAUGCUGUAGUCCUGACCUCCGCUCCUGUCUCCUUUGAUCAAAUGGAUUUGAUUGUUUUCUUUCUCCUUUUCUUGUUAAGGCGAAAGAGUCCGUGGAAAAGGAGCUGAUUUGUAUGAGAUGUGUGAUGAAUUAGAUGCAAUGCUGAGAGGUAAUGGUAUCAACUCUUUUAUUCCCAUACUGAAGUUCAGUUCUAGUACCAGUGUUAUAAAGAGAUUCCUUGCUUAGCUGUUCCUCUCCAUGUUUUACUAAAAAUCUCAACUCAAACCAAAUUCAAUCUCAAACCAAACUCUAAUCUGGGUCGACUUAAAUUAAGUAAAGAUCGUCUCUAUGAAUCAGAUGUUAAACUUAGGACGCGUCGAACCAAUUAACUGAAUCAGAUCAAAAAGCAAUGUUAGCCGGCCAGUAAUAAAUUUUCUUCGAAACGAGGCUAAAUAUACAUUAUCAUACAAAUUUUUAAUUUAUUAGUUUAAUUCGUCGCUUGUGAGGAUCGAUGUCUGUCCCGGGACGAUCUUCACGUGUUGGACGAUCCGAACCCAAACUUAACAGGGCCAGGCGUCGAAACUGUUCAUGAACCUAUAACUCACGAAGUUUGGUUCAUCUCAUGAAAAGUUCGACUUUUGGCCCAGGCCUAAGAGAAAUGGAUUGCCAAAGUGGCGGCAAAUUUUAACGUUUUAGAAAAUUCUAGGAAAACCACGUGUUGAAAUCGCAAUUUUUUUACACAGAGGUUCUCGUAGUCAUGUGUACUUUCUAUCAAACAAAUAUAUAUAUAUAUUUUUUAUGUUAUGGGCACUUUUUUAAAGGAGCUGUGUCAGCAAAUUUAUCAAAACUCAAACAGUAGGAACUACCACCGAAUUGGAUCAACCAUAAAAACAACUGCUCAGAACAUUAAAACUAGGUAUAAAUAACAAGGCAAAUACACUAGAAGGCACAGAUGGAAAAAAUUCACUGAAACACAGUUAUUAUUCGGAUUAUGAUUGUGGGGUUUGAUACUUGUUAGCCGUUGUUUGUAACGUUUGAUACAACUCUUGAAAGGCAUAUUUGUUGCAGAAGAAGCUGUAGUGUAUUGUUGGUUUUAAUUGAUCGCAGGCUCAGCCCUAUAAUGAAAAGGCCAAAUGAUAAAUGACUUAUUAACCUCGUCUGUUCGGCCUUGAUCGCUCGGUCAAUACAUCAAGGCCUGAGUCUGGGAUUUCCCUGUAAUGACCUCACUCUUGGUUAAUAAGUGGUAUGUAAUAGUGAGUACUACAAGUAGGUACUAUAAAGUUAACUUGUGUAAAUAUUCUGUGUAUGGCGUACUUUCGCUUUUUAGUCAUCAUGAUAUGCACUAUCCUGUUGUUGUUAACUUUGCAGACCAUGACCUGGAGUCAGCGCAUGGAGUUGCUCUCAAGACAAUACCAUGGAACACAGGUAACAACUCACUGAAGAGAUUAAUUCUUUUAACUGCAUAAUUGUCUUGUGUUUUAGUUCUUUACUUCAAAUCUAUUUUUUUCUGUUUUUGGUAAGGUAUUAUGAAAAAUAAGGGAAAAAUUGAACUCAGGAUUAAGUUAGGUCACAUCAUAAACAGUGCCGCUCAUAGAUAUACGACCACCGCGCACGCAAAACAUUGCGCGUUUGACAUACGGCCGUGCGUGUUGGCUUUUUAUUCACAGGUCCUUUCCUAGUUAAACAUACAUCUUUUGUUUAGCUUCCUCGAAUAAGUUAAAGAAUAAAUCAAAGAAAUCGAAGUGAUCUCGAGACAUCUCGAACUAAUUUGGCUCUUACUUCGUCAAAUAGCCGAAUAAAACCGAAAACCUACUGACUUUGCGUGCCCAAUCUUGUCCCAAAAAUGUCAACUUUGAUACAUUCGCUGAGCGUCGCGAAUCCUUUACUUCGCGCUCCGCCGAAGUAAUAAACAUACCGAGUUUUCUUUUGUUGUUGCCCAAAUAGGCACCAGAUCCUUUCCGUCUGGUCUUGUUGCUUGUAUUUGCAUGUUGAAAAAUUCCAUAUCACCUGGUACAAAGGUCGAUGUUACAUGCCCUCCAUAGUACUAAAAGCAGCAAUAGAAAAAAUGCGAUUACGGUGUCAGCCAUCUUUAGGCUGCGUGCAAACGGACGCAACAACUCCCAACAUUCUUGCGCCAACAAUGUUGGGAGUUGUUGCGUCCGCGUUGGCAGUGGUGUGCAAACGGAUGCAACAACUCCCAACAAUGUUCGGACCUGCAGUGCAUCGUGGGAAGGAUCCAACCCAUAAGUCUUCGUAAACCAUGCGUAAUGAGCAUGCGUGGCCCCAACAAUGUUGAAAGAGCUGUGCAAACGGAUCCAACAUUGUUGCGCCACGCUUUGGCGAUCACGGAGCAAAAGAAAUGUUGGGAGUUGUAAAGUUUGACCGGUUUCAAAAUUUGCGCAACAGCAUCCAACAACAUGCAACAGGGUGUGCAAACGGACGCAACAUGUAACAUUCAACAAUGUUGGGAGUUGUUGGUCAACAAUGUUGCGUCCGUUUGCACGCAGCCUUACACAACUUAACCCUUAAGCUCACAAGAAAGUUAAAAAGUCUAAAAGAUUAACAUUUUUGGCUAUAAUGUUCACUGUUAUCCAAACUAGCAGACGUCUUUACACUAACCACAAAUGACCUACACUUCAAAAUACCUCUAGUAACCCACUGCAAAGCUUUUUAACUCCCUAUAACUCCUAGUUCCCCUGUUCCCCUUGUUUCCCCUUGUUACCCCUUCUUCCUUUGUUCCCCCUUGUUCCUUUGUUCCUCCUUGUUACUCCCUGUUACCCCUUGUUAACCCUGACCAUAACCCUUGUUACCCCCUUGUUACCACUUGUUCCUUUGUUAACCUUUGUUACCACGUGUUACCCCUUGUUACCCUUGUUACCCUUUGUUAGCCUUGUUAGCCUUGGUUAAUACCCCUUGUUAUUCCUUGUUAGCUUUGUUACCCCUUGUUUCCCUAGUUACCCCUUGUUCCCCUCUUUACCCCUUGUUACCCCUCGUUACCCUUGUUACCCCUUUUUACCCUUGUUACCCCUUGUUACCCCUUGUCACCACUGUUACCCCUUGUUACCCCUUGUUACCCUUGUUACCUUUGUUACCUCUUGUCAGCCCUUGUUACCCCUUGUUACCCCUUGUUACCCCUUGUUACCCUUGUUACCCCUUGUUACCCCUUGUUACCCUUGUUACCCCUUGUUACCGUUGUUACCCUUGUUACCCCUUGUUACCCUUGUUACCCCUUGUUACCCCUUGUUACCCUUGUUACCCUUUGUUACCCCUUGUUACCCUUUGUUACCCAUUGUUACCCCUUGUUACCCCUUCUUACCCCUUGUUACCCUUGUUACCCUUCUUACCCCUUGUUACCCAUUUUACCCUUUGUUACCCUUGUUAUCCCUUGCUCCCAUUGUUACCCCUUGUUACCCCUUGUUACCCUUUGUUACCCUUGUUACCCCUUGUUACCCCUUGUUACCCCUUGUUACCCCUUGUUACCCUUGUUACCCCUUGUUACCCCUUGUUACCCCUUGUUACCCUUGUUACCCCUUGUUACCCCUUGUUACCCUUGUUACCCCUUGUUACCCUUGUUACCCCUUGUUACCCCUUGUUACCCCUUGUUACCCUUUGUUACCCUUGUUACCCUUGUUACCCCUUUUACCCCUUGUUACCCUUGUUACCCUUUGUUACCCUUGUUACCCCUUGUUACCCUUGUUACCCCUUGUUACCCCUUGUUACCCUUGUUACCCUUGUUACCCCUUGUUACCCCUUGUUACCCCUUGUUACCCGUUGUUACCCUUGUUACCCCUUGUUACCCCUUGUUACCCCUUGUUACCCUUGUUACCCUUGUUACCCCUUGUUACCCCUUGUUACCCUUGUUACCCCUUGUUACCCCUUGUUACCCCUUGUUACCCCUUGUUACCCUUGUUACCCCUUGUUACCCUUGUUACCCUUUUACCCUUUGUUACCCCUUGUUACCCUUGUUACCCCUUGUUACCCUUGUUACCCUUGUUACCCCUUGUUACCCUUUGUUACCCCUUGUUACCCCUUGUUACCCCUUGUUACCCUUGUUACCCUUGUUACCCCUUGUUACCCUUGUUACCCCUUGUUACCCUUGUUACCCCUUGUUACCCUUGUUACCCUUGUUACCCCUUGUUACCCCUUGUUACCCUUGUUACCCUUGUUACCCUUGUUACCCUUGUUACCCCUUGUUACCCUUGUUACCCUUGUUACCCCUUGUUACCCUUGUUACCCCUUGUUACCCUUGUUACCCCUUGUUACCCCUUGUUACCCUUGUUACCCUUUGUUACCCUUGUUACCCCUUGUUACCCUUUGUUACCCUUGUUACCCCUUGUUACCCUUGUUUUGUUACCCUUGUUACCCCUUGUUACCCCUUGUUACCCCUUGUUACCCUUGUUACCCCUUGUUACCCCUUGUUACCCUUGUUAUUUUCCCCUUUGUUACCCCUUGUUACCCCUUGUUACCCUUGUUACCCCUUGUUACCCCUUGUUACCCUUGUUACCCUUGUUACCCUUGUUACCCUUGUUACCCCUUGUUACCCCUUGUUACCCUUGUUACCCCUUGUUACCCCUUGUUACCCUUGUUACCCCUUGUUACCCCUUGUUACCCCUUGUUACCCUUGUUACCCUUGUUACCCUUGUUACCCCUUGUUACCCCUUGUUACCCUUGUUACCCCUUGUUACCCUUGUUACCCCUUGUUACCCUUGUUACCCCUUUUUACCCCUUGUUACCCCUUGUUACCCUUGUUACCCUUGUUUACCCUUGUUACCCCUUGUUACCCCUUGUUACCCGUUGUUACCUUUGUUACCCCUUGUUACCCCUUGUUACCCUUGUUACCCUUGUUACCCCUUGUUACCCCUUGUUACUCUUGUUACCCCUUGUUACCCUUCUUACCCCUUGUUACCCUUGUUACCCUUUGUUACCCUUGUUACCCUUGUUACCCUUGUUACCCUUGUUACCCCUUGUUACCCUUUUUACCCUUGUUACCCCUUGUUACCCCUUGUUACCCCUUGUUACCCUUGUUACCCUUGUUACCCCUUGUUACCCCUUGUUACCCCUUGUUACCCCUUGUUACCCUUUUUACCCCUUGUUACCCUUGUUUACCCUUGUUCCCCUUGUUACCCCUUGUUACCCCUUGUUACCCCUUGUUACCCUUGUUACCCCUUGUUACCCUUGUUACCCCUUGUUACCCUUGUUACCCGUUGUUACCCUUGUUACCCCUUGUUACCCCUUGUUACCCUUGUUACCCCUUGUUACCCUUGUUACCCUUGUUACCCCUUGUUACCCCUUGUUACCCCUUGUUACCCUUGUUACCUCUUGUUACCCUUGUUACCCUUGUUACCCCUUGUUACCCCCUUGUUACCUUUGUUACCCCUUGUUACCCUUGUUACCCCUUGUUACCCUUGUUACCCCUUGUUACCCUUGUUACCCCUUGUUACCCUUGUUACCCCUUGUUACCCCUUGUUACCCUUGUUACCCCUUGUUACCCUUGUUACCCUUGUUACCCCUUGUUACCCCUUGUUACCCUUGUUACCCCUUGUUACCCUUGUUACCCCUUGUUACCCUUGUUACCCUUGUUACCCUUGUUACCCUUGUUACCCCUUGUUACCCCUUGUUACCCUUGUUACCCCUUGUUACCCUUUUUACCCUUGUUACCCUUGUUACCCCUUGUUACCCCUUGUUACCCUUGUUACCCCUUGUUACCUCUUGUUACCCUUGUUACCCCUUGUUACCCUUGUUACCCUUGUUACCCCUUGUUACCCUUUGUUACCCUUGUUACCCCUUGUUACCUUUGUUACCCCUUGUUACCCUUGUUACCCUUGUUACCCCUUGUUACCCCUUGUUACCCUUGUUACCCUUGUUACCCCUUGUUACCCCUUGUUACCUUUUACUUUUUGUUACCCCUUGUUACCCCUUGUUACCCUUGUUACCCCUUGCCCUUUUUACCCUUGUUACCCUUUGUUACCCUUGUUACCCUUUGUUACCCCUUGUUACCCUUUGUUACCCCUUGUUACCCUUGUUACCCUUUUGUUACCCUUGUUACCCCUUGUUACCUUUGUUACCUCGUGUUACCCCUUGUUACCCCUUGUUACCCUUGUUACCCCUUGUUACCCCUUGUUACCCUUGUUACCCUUGUUACCCCUUGUUACCCCUUGUUACCUUUUGUUACCCUUGUUACCCCUUGUUACCCCUUGUUACCCCUGGUUACCCCUUGUUACCCUUGUUACCUUUGUUACCCCUUGUUACCCUUUUUUUGUUACCCCUUGUUACCCUUGUUACCCCUUGUUACCCCUUGUUACCUUUGUUACCCUUGUUACCCCUUGUUACCCCAUGUUACCCUUGUUACCUUGUUUGUUACCCUUGUUACCCCUUGUUACCCUUGUUACCCCUUGUUACCCCUUGUUACCCUUGUUACCCUUGUUACCCCUUGUUACCCCUUGUUACCAUUGUUACCAUUGUUACCCCUUGUUACCUUCGUUACCUCUUUUUAGCCCUGGUGACCCCUUGUUACCCUUGUUACCCCUUGUUACUUUUGUUACCCUUGUUCCCCUUUGUUACCCCUUGUUACCUUUGUUACUUCUUGUUACCCUUGUUACCGUUGUUACCCUUGUUACCCUUGUUACCCUUGUUACCCUUGUUACCCCUUGUUACCCUUUGUUACCCCUUGUUACCCUUGUUACCCCUUGUUACCCCUUGUUACCCUUGUUACCCCUUGUUACCCUUGUUACCCCUUGUUACUUGUUACCCUUUUUACCCCUUGUUACCCUUGUUACCCCUUGUUACCCCUUGUUACCCUUGUUACCUCUUGUUACCCUUGUUACCCCUUGUUACCCCUUGUUACCCCUUGUUACCCCUUGUUACCCUUGUUACCCCUUGUUACCCUUGUUACCAUUGUUACCCCUUGUUACCCUUGUUACCCUUGUUACCUUUGUUACCUGUUGUCAGCCCAUGUUACCCCUUGUUACCCUUGUUACCCUUGUUACCCCUUGUUACCCUUGUUACCCCUUGUUACCCCUUGUUACCCUUGUUACCCCUUUGUUACCCUUGUUACCCCUUGUUACCUUUGUUACCUCUUGUUACCCCUUGUUACCCUUGUUACCCUUGUUACCCCUUGUUACCCCUUGUUACCCUUGUUACCCCUUGUUACCCCUUGUUACCUUUGUUACCUCUUGUUACCCCUUGUUACCCUUGUUACCCCUUGUUACCCCUUGUUACCCCUUGUUACCCUUGUUACCCUUGUUACCCCUUGUUACCCUUGUUACCCCUUGUUACCCUUGUUACCCCUUGUUACCCUUGUUACCCUUUGUUACCCCUUGUUACCUUUGUUACCCUUGUUACCCCUUGUUACCCCUUGUUACCCUUGUUACCCCUUGUUACCCUUGUUACCCUUUGUUACCCCUUGUUACCCUUGUUACCCUUGUUACCCCUUGUUACCCUUGUUACCCUUGUUACCCUUGUUACCCCUUGUUACCCUUGUUACCCCUUGUUACCCUUGUUACCCUUGUUACCCUUGUUACCCUUGUUACCCCUUGUUACCCCUUGUUACCCUUGUUUACCUUUUGUUACCCCUUUGUUACCUUUUGUUACCCUUUGUUACCCCUUGUUACUUUUUGUUACCUUUUUACCCUUUUGUUACCCUUGUUACCCUUGUUACCCUUUGUUACCCCUUGUUACCCUUGUUACCCUUGUUACCCUUGUUACCCUUUGUUACCCCCUUGUUACCCUUGUUACCCUUGUUACCUUUUUUUACCCUUUGUUACCCCUUUACCCUUGUUACCCCUUUGUUACCCCUUGUUACCCUUGUUACCCUUGUUACCUUUGUUACCCUUGUUACCCCUUGUUACCCUUUGUUACCCUUUUUGUUACCCUUGUUACCCCUUGUUACCCUUUGUUACCCCUUUGUUACCCCCUUGUUUUUGUUACCCUUUGUUACCCUUGUUACCCUUGUUACCCCUUGUUACCUCUUUUUACCCUUGUUACCCCUUGUUACCUUUGUUACCCCUUGUUACCCUUGUUAUCAUUGUCACCCUUGUUACCCCGUGUUACCCCCUGUUACCCUUGUUACCCCUUGUUACCUUUGUUACCUCGUGUUACCCCUGGUUACCCCUUGUGACCCCUUGUUACCUCUUGUUACCCUUGUUACCCCUUGUUACCCUUGUUACCUUUUUACCUCUUGUCAGCCCCUGUUACCCCUUGUUACCAUUGUUACCCCUUGUUAUUCUUGUUACCCUUGUUACUCCUUGUUACUCUUGUUACCCCUUGUUACCCCUUGUUACCCGUUGUUACCUUUGUUUACUCUUGUUACCCCUUGUUACCCUUGUUACCCCUUGUUACUCUUGUUACCCCCUGUUACCCCUUGUUACCCUUGUUACCCUUGUUACCCCUUUUUACCCCGUUUUACCCCCUGUUACCCUUGUUACCUUUGUUACCUCGUGUUACCCCUUGUUACCCCUUGUUACCCCUUUUUACCCUUGUUAUCCUCGUUACCUCUUUUUACCCUUGUUACCAUUGUUACCUCUUGUUACCCCUUGAUACCCUUGUUACCUUUGUUACCUCUUGUCAGCCCUUGUUACCCCUUGUUACCAUUGCUACCCCUUGUUACCCUUGUUACUCUUGUUACCCCUGGUUACCCCUUGUUACCCUUGUUACCCUUGUUACCCCUUGUUACCCCUUGUUACCAUUGUUUCCUUCUUUACCCCUUGUCAGCCCUUGUUACCCCUUGUUACGCUUGUUACUCUUUUUACCCCUUGUUACUCUUGUUACCCCUUUUACCCCUUGUUACUCCUGCUAGCCCUUGUUAGCCUUUGUUACCCUCAUUUCCCUGUUACCCCUUGUUACCCUUGUUACCCAUUGUUACCCCUUGUUACCCUUGUUACCCCUUGUUAACCGUAGUUAUCCUUGUUACCCCUUGUUACCCUUGUUACCCCUUGUUACCCCUUUUUACUCUUGUUACCCCUUGUUACCCUUGGUACCCCUUGUUACCAUUAGGUAAGAUAAGAUAGGUUCUUUAUUAUCAACAGAGCGCCUACAGACACAUGUGUUUACAAUGAUAACAAAGAUUUUGUUGUGACCCCUUGUUACCCCUUGUUACCCUUUGUUACCCCUUUUUUUCUUUGUUACCCCUUGUUUCCUUUAUUACCCUUGUUACCCUUUGUUACCCUUGUUAGCCCUUGUUACUCUUGUUACCCGUUGUUUCCUUUGUUACCCUUUGUUACCCCUGUUUAACCUUGUUACUCUUUGUUACCCUUGGUACCCCUUGUUACCCUUGUUACCUCUUGUUACCCUUUGUUACCCCUUGUUUCCUUUGUUACCCUUGUUACCCCUUGUUACGCUUGUUACCCCUUGUUUCCCCUUUUUAGCCCUUGAUGCCCUUGUUACCCUUGUUCCCCCCUUUUUACCCUUUUUUACCCCUUGUUACCCUUUGUUACCCUUGAUACUCUUGUUACCCCUUGUUACCUUUGUUACCCUUGUGUCCCCUUUCUACCCUUGUUACCCCUUGUUACCCUUGUUACCCCCUGUUAGCCUUUGUUACUCUUGUUACCCCUUGUUAGCCCCUGAUGCCUUUGUUACCCCUCGUUACCUGUUGUUACCCUUUGUUACCCUUGUUACCCGUUUUUACCCUUGGUACCCUUGUUUCCCGUUGUUACCCUUGUUACCGUUUUUUACUCCUUGUUUUCUUUGUUACCCCUUGUUACCCUUUUUUACUCUUGUUACCCCUUUUACUCCUUGUUACCCUUGUUACCCCUUGUUCCCUUUGUUACCCCUUUUUACCCUUUGUUAUCCGUGUUACCUUUCUUAACCCUAGUUACCGUUGUUACCCUUAGUUACCUUUUUUCCCUUUUGUUCCCCUUUGUUACGUCUUGGUCUUCUUUGUUACCUCCUUUUCCCCUUUGUUACCCCUUGAUCCUUUUUGUUUACCCUUCUUAUCCAUUUGUUACCCCUUGUUCCCUAUUAUUUCAUAGCUAUUUUUCAUUUUCCGAACUACCUUGGGUCGUAGUAGUGGAAACGGCUAAUCCCUCAACUUAGACUGUCCUCUGAUUUGACAGGUCACACAGGUGAGUUGGUUCAAAUCCGGGGAAAGUCAGAAUACUAAUUCUUUCUUCCUCGAAUAAGUUAAAGAAUAAAUCAAAGAAAUCGAAUUGAUCUCGCGAGUUCUCGAACUAAUUUGGCUCUCACUUCGUCAAAUAGCCGAAUAAAACCGAAAACCUACUGACUUAACGUGCCUAAUCUAGUCCCAAAAAUGUGAACUUAGAUGCAUUCUUGAGCGUCGCGAAUCCUUUACUUCGCGCUCCGCCGAAGUAAUUAUGUUUUGUAAGAAACAAUUUGUAACUGUAAUAUUUGUUUCAAUUAAUGGCCUAAAGGAUUCUACCAGUUGACAAUACGAGAAGCAAACCUUAAUUUAUAUUAAAUGGUGGUUUUUAUAAGGAACUUUUUCCACGAUAAUUCCUUAUAAAACGUUUCUAUUCUAUUAUAUUAUAUUAUAGAAAAGCUGCUCUGUUCUAGUCGCUCACUGGAUAGAAGUGUAGAAGAAGCUGAGAAAGGAUUUGCAGGUCAGAACGCGGUUUGCAAGUACAAUUUCUUUAGUUUUGUUUUGCAUUAAAUUUAAACGACAUGCCACUGUAUCUGGGCUUCACCAAACUUCUGAUCGUACAGCGCAACGUAUGUAUAAUAUUGUUUUUCAGUAAAUGGUCAGGAGGAGAACUCUAUAAACAUGUUGAUGGUGAUGUAGUAUUUGUUCAUUAGAAAGACAACCAUUAAGCGAAGAUGGUAAUUUAUAUAAUUAAGGCCAGAAUAUACCACAUUUGUUUUUCCUGAAGCACAUAGUUAACCCAUGCCUAAUUAGGGAUGAAAAAAAAAACGCCCCAACCAAUAUUGAUAAAAUUCGUAAAAAGGGGGCUUACGUAGAAAAACCGUUAGGGGCGCACAUAGCCAGUUGCCAGCUCUAAAUUGGCGUAAUAUGUGUCUCAACAGAUGUGAUUCUUCAGUGCAGGAAGAUUAACGAUGAUGCUGAAAAUGCCAUUCAUAAUGCUACAGAGGCUUUGUGGAGCUCUUGACUGAUCCAUUGUUUUAAAAUUCCAAUCUUUGCUUUGAAUUCAUUGAUACAUUUCACGAGAAACCUUCAUAUCGUAUAUGAACCUAUAAAGCAAUAAACAAAAACAGCAGAUAUACCGAAACAACAGUAGCAACAGCAAUCGCGAAAACUCGGCGCUGCCAAAAAGGUUUCGUUUAAAUGGUCACACGUUGGGAUUUGUCAAAAGACGAAAAAGUUAGAUGACAUCUGGAAGAAAUAUUUGAAAUAACAUUUACACUGCCUUCUCAAAGCUAUUAUAGACAUGUUUUGGAAGCCAUUGCUAUGGCUGGAACAGCGAACAGUCUGGGUUUUUUAUAACGGAUGAGCAAAAGAGGUAGCUGAGGCUUAGUUUUGUCGAGAAGUACGAGCUGAUUUUUAUGAUUGUUUGUAUUUUUGAACUUAAAGCC